AGUCAGGGACUGGCAAUCCAGACAGCCAGGCUCGCAGCUGACUGAGGGAGACUCGCUGAGGGGCGGAAAGACGAGGGACAGGAGCACAGAAGCCUACCCCGACUGCAGCAGGUCCCCUCUCUUCCUCCCCUCGAAGGUGUCCGCUGGCUCCGGCUCUCCCUGCCGCCUCCUUCCUCCGCGCAAGGGAGAUGUCAGCUGAACGUGAUGUUGUAAAAUCCAUGUGAGGACGACAGACAGAUGCAAUGAUUUGAAAGGUCUGACUUUGGAGGAACAAUAGAUUUUUUUUGCCUACUAGAAGAAUGCAGUAAAACUGCCAAUAUUUCUAGCCGGAAUUAUAAAUUUAAUAUUCAACUUAAGUGUUACUAAUUUCUUAGUAAAUAGUACCUCAAAGUAGAAGAAAAAUGUACGGAAGUGCAAGAACAAUCAGCAACUUAGAAGGAAGUCCCUCCAGGUCUCCUCGUUUGCCAAGAUCUCCUCGCCUGGGCCAUAGGCGAACAAGUAGUGGAGGAGGAGGAGGAACAGGUAAGACGUUAUCAAUGGAGAACAUCCAGUCCCUUAAUGCAGCCUAUGCAACAUCUGGACCAAUGUAUCUGAGUGACCAUGAAGGUGUAGCUUCUACUACUUUCCCAAAGGGCACAAUGACUCUUGGAAGGGCUACAAAUCGAGCUGUGUACGGUGGUCGAGUCACAGCUAUGGGGAGCAGUCCUAAUAUUGCUUCAGCUGGACUUUCGCACACGGAUGUCCUUUCUUAUACUGAUCAGCAUGGAGGUCUGACCACAUCUUCACACCAUCACCACCAUCAGGUUCCUUCUAUGCUGAGACAGGUUAGAGAUAGUACCAUGCUAGACCUGCAGGCUCAGCUUAAGGACCUACAGAGGGAGAAUGAUCUUCUCAGAAAAGAACUAGACAUUAAGGACAGCAAGCUAGGCUCUUCUAUGAAUAGCAUCAAAACUUUCUGGAGUCCUGAGCUAAAGAAAGAAAGAGUACUGAGGAAAGAAGAAGCAGCCAGAAUGUCAGUUCUUAAAGAACAAAUGAGAGUUUCCCAUGAAGAAAAUCAGCAUCUGCAAAUGACAAUCCAGGCACUUCAAGAUGAGCUUAGAACCCAGAGAGACCUUAACCAUCUUCUCCAGCAAGAAAGUGGAAACCGAGGGGCUGAGCAUUUUACCAUUGAGCUCACAGAGGAGAAUUUUCGAAGACUUCAAGCAGAACAUGAUAGACAAGCUAAAGAGCUCUUCCUGUUGAGAAAAACACUAGAAGAAAUGGAGCUUAGGAUUGAAACACAAAAGCAAACACUAAAUGCCAGAGAUGAAUCAAUAAAAAAGCUUCUGGAAAUGUUGCAAAGUAAAGGUUUGCCAUCUAAAGGAAUGGAAGACGAAAAUGAGAGAACUCGAAGGAUGGCUGAAGCUGAAUCUCAGGUUAAUCAUUUAGAAGUUAUUUUAGAUCAGAAGGAGAAGGAAAACAUGCAUCUUAGAGAGGAAUUGCAUAGAAGAACCCAACUUCAGCCGGAGCCAGCAAAGAUGAAGGCUCUUCAAACAGUUAUUGAAAUGAAGGAUACAAAAAUAGCUUCACUUGAGCGCAAUAUAAGAGAUCUUGAAGAUGAAAUACAGAUGUUGAAGACAAAUGGAGUUCUGAAUACAGAGGACCGAGAAGAAGAAAUCAAACAAAUAGAAGUUUACAAGAGUCACUCAAAGUUCAUGAAAAAUAAGAUUGACCAACUGAAACAAGAACUCUCAAAGAAAGAAUCUGAACUUCUUGCCUUACAAACUAAGCUUGAAACCCUUAGCAAUCAGAACUCAGAUUGCAAGCAACACAUUGAAGUGCUUAAAGAGUCACUUACUGCCAAAGAACAGAGAGCUGCCAUACUUCAGACAGAGGUUGAUGCCUUGCGGUUACGUUUAGAAGAAAAAGAAACCUUUCUGAAUAAAAAAACAAAACAACUUCAAGACCUCACAGAAGAGAAGGGAACCCUGGCUGGAGAGAUUCGGGAUAUGAAAGACAUGUUGGAAGUAAAAGAAAGAAAAAUUAAUGUCCUUCAAAAAAAGAUUGAAAAUCUACAGGAACAACUCAGAGACAAAGACAAACAGCUGACUAAUCUGAAAGACAGAGUGAAGUCAUUGCAGACGGAUUCUAGUAACACAGACACAGCACUAGCAACCUUAGAAGAAGCUCUGUCAGAAAAGGAAAGAAUUAUAGAGCGCUUGAAGGAGCAAAGGGAACGAGAUGACAGAGAAAGAGUUGAAGAAAUUGAAUCAUAUAAAAAAGAAAACAAAGACCUCAAGGAGAAAGUUAAUGCUUUACAAGCUGAACUGACAGAAAAAGAGUCUAGUUUAAUCGAUCUCAAAGAACAUGCAUCUUCAUUGGCAUCAGCAGGGCUGAAAAGAGACUCCAAACUUAAGUCUUUAGAAAUAGCCAUAGAACAAAAGAAAGAAGAGUGUAGUAAGUUGGAAGCACAGUUGAAAAAGGCUCAUGAGGCUGAAGAGGAGGCACGGAUGAAUCCAGAAUUUGCAGACAGAAUGAAACAGCUUGACAAAGAGGCAUCGUACUAUAGAGAGGAGUGUGGCAAAGCUCAGGCUGAGGUUGACAGACUUCUAGAAAUACUCAAGGAAGUAGAGAAUGAGAAGAAUGACAAAGAUAAGAAAAUUGCUGAGUUAGAAAGCUUGACUUCCAGACAUAUGAAGGACCAAAACAAGAAGGUUGCCAACCUGAAGCACAAUCAGCAAAUGGAGAAAAAGAAGAAUGCACAGUUGUUGGAAGAAGUUCGUAGGCGAGAAGACAAUAUGACUGACAACUCUCAACACUUACAAGUAGAAGAGCUGAUGAAUGCACUGGAAAAGACUAGACAAGAAUUAGAUUCUACCAAAGCCCGUCUUGCCUCAACACAGCAGUCCUUGGCUGAAAAAGAAGCACAUCUGGCUAACCUGAGAAUAGAGCGAAGAAAACAACUUGAAGAAAUUCUAGAAAUGAAACAGGAAGCUUUGCUUGCUGCAAUUAGUGAAAAAGACGCAAACAUUGCCUUGCUUGAACUGUCUGCUUCAAAGAAAAAGAAGACUCAAGAGGAAGUAAUGGCUCUGAAAAGAGAGAAGGACAGAUUAGUACAUCAGUUAAAACAGCAGACACAAAACAGAAUGAAACUGAUGGCAGAUAACUAUGAUGAUGACCAUCACCACUACCACCACCAUCACCACCACCACCAUCAUCGAUCUCCUGGGAGGCCGCAACACUCCAACCACAGACCCUCUCCAGAUCAGGAUGAUGAGGAGGGCAUAUGGGCGUAGCCGUUCCUACAAACCAAAGUUCCAGUUUUGUUUUGAGAGAUGAUCCAGUCACUGUUGGAGGCACAUAGCCACGGCAAAAUCUCAUGAUGUACAUUGAUCACCUGUCCAACCUUUGCCUAGAGUGUGAUCCCCAGUUCCUUCAAGAGAUCCAUCUUUACCUGUCUAUAAAGAAGAGGAGGAGGGAGUCAUCUGGGAUAUUCAAGUAUCAAAGUUUAACACCAGAGCAGUUGUCAGAGGAACUAGUGAAAGAAGAAGGGAAGAAAUGUAGCCCUGGAAGGUAACUGAUAAUCUAUUGCAUUGGAUCUCCAAACAUGACAUGAUAUCCUGAGAAGAUCACAGAUGCAGAAAAUGAAUGCUAAGGUUGACAUCUAAUGAAAUGCUGCAUUAAUUGGCAUUUUCUCCAUUAUUUCUUGUAGUCUACUAUGAAAUUAGAUACUUUGGAAAAAAAUGAAGGAGACUUUAGCAGAAAUUAUAAGAGCUUCAUUUCUGUCUUUAAUGGGUCUUGCAAGUUAUGCUUUUUUCACAAAGAAACCAUCUGUUCAGAACAUUAUUGUUUAAUGAAGUUCAGUUUAAUAGGUUAUUUAACUAAUUUUCAGUAAAUUUAGAUUGAUUUUAAUAAGUAAUUCAGAUUCUCUUAGAUGUGGUAUCUGCAUUUGCUGAUUUUAUCUAGUCUAUUCUAAAGUAUCACUUCUAUUGCACUAGAUUAUCAAAGAGGUAUUAGUAAAAUGCUAUAUGAGGGUGUUGGCAUUAAUCUUACCCCCAGUCAGAUGUGGGCUUUUCCAAAAACUCAAAACCAAGCCUUUACCCUCCUCUGUUUUCUUAUAUCUACUGCUAAAAAAAUAAUAAUUAAAACAAAACCCCCCAAACAUUGAUAAUAUAACUGGCAUUAAGCUCUGGGCCAGGUUGGAAAUGAAAUCAAUUUUUGGUACUAAUAACUGAUGACAAAGAUUAGCUUUAUGAAAAUAUGGUGUGUGUCUCUGACAAUGCAUAGGACAUCUAAUUUGAACAUAAAUAUAAGAUUAUAUACAAAAUGUAUCUAUUCCUGGAUGGUAAAAGCUUGAGGCGUAUAUAAAUACAUGUGUAUGUAUAUAUAUGGACAUAUACACAAGGAUGUAUCAAGCUUUUACCAUCCAAAUGCAUACAGGUUUUCAACAGUAAAAGCUGGGACUCUUUUUAAAAAAUAAAUAAGAUAAGAUUGCUGUGAAUACAGUAUAUGCACUAGGUCUUCUGUAAAUGAGGAACUGUUUCUUACUGUUUUCUACAUUGAAAAACAGUCUCCAACAUUGACCCCAAUGAAUCUUAGGUGUUAAAAGAAAAUACCAAUGAACAAAUAGCACUUAAAAGGCUGUUUGCAUCAACAAAGUGUAUCUGUAAAAUAAAUGUAAAGCACAUGAAGGAACACUAAAAAUACAAAGUUUUUACAUUUGGUGAGAGAAUAUAACUGACAGUCAAAUCUCUACCACUUCUCAAGGAGAGGUUCCUUAUGACUCCAUGAACAUACUCAGUCGGUCUGGCAAACAUGUGCAAAUGGUUGGCUGUUUUAUCGAGGCAUCUUUUGGUCCAGGGAAGAAAUGCUUCCAUGCUGAUGGGAGUGGGAAUGGAAUAUCUGCAUUUUUAAAGGACAAACAAUAAAUUUAAGCAUGGGUGGCCUUAAUCCUUAGUAGUUUUUCUUUGCUGCUGUAAAGAAGAGAAAUCUAAAUGGAUACUCCUAAAGUCUUGCACUGAAUUUAGAAAAAUUAUUUUUUCAACCUGUGGUGCAAUUAACCCUAAACAUCCUACAUGAGCCAUACAUAGUAACCCCUUUAAAAUUCUUGUCUAGAGAUGAUAUUUUAUUUAUUUCUAUUGUAAUUCUUGGUGCAAUCGAAGAGCAAUUUAUUCAAGCAGGAGUCCUGCUGGAUGCUACUGUCUUCAGUAAAUAGAGUAAAAUGUAUAGAAUUAGUAUAGCAUAGAUAAUCCCAAUUUCAUUCAUGUUUAAAAAGUUUGUCCUUUAACUAUCAAUGGCAUUUUAGAUCUUUGUUUUUGAAACAGCAAAGCUUUUGGGAGUAUAUUUAGCACAUAUGACAAAUGUUGCACUUGGAAACUCAGACAACAAAACUAGUUUCUCGUGACAAAGUUGUUGUCGCAGUAGGGGACAAUCGUCUGUGUCUCUUACAAUCAGGUCUUUACCUUAACUCUGCAACUGAAUACUUGAAGUAGGAAAUAAACUAGGGGGAAAAUAGGGUCACAGAUACAAAGCUGUAUAGUUAGAUAUUUAUGUAUGUGUGCCAAUUUUGUCACAGAUCUUACUUUAGGGGCAUUUUUGCUCCACUCAUGUUGGUGAGAGUGUUGAUCUAAACUUUUAUCAGGGCCUACAAGUUAGCCCCAAAGAUGAUAAUUUUGUCUAACGUUUUUUUUCUUUGUUUUGGGUUGUUGUUUUGUUUUGUUUUUCUUUUUAUUUCAUGUGCUACUUUAUGAUGUUGGGAGAAAAUCUUUUCAUAUACUAAAAUAGAAUCUCGGGAUUUACAAUAAACACUGUGAUGUUGGGAAGUAUUUUAUUUGAGCAAUGUUUGGUAGGUUUUUUCCCCCCCAAGUGUAAAGAAGUAAACCAACUUUUUGGUUAACAUUUAAGAUUAUUAUUAUUAUUAUUAUUAUUAUUAUUAUUAUUAUUAUU